AUGUAUCUGAUCACUGUGCUUGGAAACCUGCUCAUCAUCCUGGCCGUCAGCUCUGACUCCCAUCUCCAGACGCCCAUGUACUUCUUCCUCUCCAACCUGUCCUUUGCUGACAUCUGUUUCACCUCGACCACCAUCCCAAAGAUGUUGGUUAACAUCCAGACACACAGCAAAGUCAUUACCUAUAAAGGUUGCAUCACCCAGGUGUAUUUUUCCAUACUCUUUGCAGGAUUGGACAACUUUCUCCUGAUUGUGAUGGCCUAUGACCGCUAUGUGGCCAUCUGUCACCCCUUGCACUACAUGGUUAUCAUGAACCCUCAGCUGUGUGGACUGCUGGUCCUGAUGAUCUGGAUCAUCAUUGUCUCUUUAUUUUACUGCACAGCCCUGGGAGUGUACCUUAGUUCUGCUGUUCCCCACAGCUCUCUCUUAAGUGCAAUAGCCUCGGUGAUAUAUACUGUGGUCACACCCAUGCUGAACCCCUUCAUCUACAGCCUGAGGAACAAAGACAUAAAAAGUGCCCUGACAACAUUCAUUUUAAAGACAUAUACAAAAAGAUAA